AUGUUACACCUGAUCUUCUGGUCCGCACUUUGCCUUACAUCGCCUGUGGUGGCAGGUAGAUGCAAAAACACCCCUGUUGAUGUGACAUGGCCCUCUGACACGGACUGGUCGUCUUUGAAUGCGUCCAUUGGCGGUCGUCUGCUUCGCACAGCUCCCGCUGCUGCCUCCUGCUGGCCUAACAGCCACUUUGAGACUCCAAUCUCAUGCAAUACAGUUCAGUCACAGUGGACCAACGCGCUCUGGCUUGCAAGCCAGCCAGACUCCACUGACUGUCCUAUCUAUGCGAACAAUUCUUGCUGUACAACUGGGGGGCUGCCGACAUAUAUUGUCAACGCCACGACGGAGACUCAGAUUGCGACGGCAAUGAAGUGGGCUGCCGACCGCAGCAUUCGCAUCGCGCUUCCGGUUCUGAUGGACGCCGGUCCAGCAGGGGCAUGUAUCAUGUCAACUGCCGAGACAGCGGUGCGAUUCGGCUUUCUUGUUGAAGCUACGACCGGCGUGGUCAUCUCGCAAGCCUUCGAGUCUUUCAACUCUACCCCAUCCGCUAUGGAAGCCUUCAUCCGUCCGGUCCUCACCCACAUUGGACAUGAAUCGACUCCAAAUAGCGGUAGCAGUGCAGUGACUAUCACUUUCAGCACUUCCAACGUUGCGAACUACACCUCCUGCAUUUCCGCCAUCUCUGGUACUCUGCUACCGGCGUGGCGCACGGCGUACCUGCAUUUCAUUGCCAACGGAGCGACAGUCGACUCCGUCGCUGCGGGCUCUCCGAAGCGAGCGCUGCAAGACGCCGCGCGAUGGUACGAGGCCAAGGAGCGCAUGAGGCAGCUGUGGGCGCCGGAGUCGCGGGCGUACAUGAACGAGGCUAAUCCAUUCGAUCCCGAGUUCAAGCGUGACUUCUAUGGGGCGAACUAUGACCGGUUGGUGCAGGUCAAGGCCAAUAACGAUCCGAAUGAGAGCUUGUUUGUUCCGGCUGGUAUGGGAAGCGAUUAG